AUGAGACUGAUUCUCUUACUUGCUUUGAAUGCUCUCAUGCUACUUGAAACACAUGGUUUUACCGAUGAAACUGAGAGGCAAGCAUUGCUGGAAUUCAAGUCACAAGUUUCUCAAGGCAAAAGAAGUGUCUUGUCCUCAUGGAACCACUCAUUCCCACUCUGCAACUGGGAGGGGGUUACAUGUGGCCGUAAAGACAAAAGAGUUACUCAUCUUGAACUCGGAAGAUUGCAACUAGGCGGAGUAAUAUCACCAUCUAUUGGUAAUCUUUCGUUUCUUGUAACACUUGAUCUCUACGAAAACUUUUUUGAGGGUACUAUUCCUCAAGAGGUUGGAAACUUGUUUAGACUUGAAUACUUGGAUUUGGGGGUAAAUUCUCUGGAGGGACCGAUUCCAACGGGUCUAUAUAACUGCUCUAGAUUAUUGAACCUUCGUUUAGAUUCAAAUCAUUUUGGAGGAAGUGUUCCUUCAGAGCUAGGAUCAUUGACGAAUCUUGUUCAGUUAAAUCUUUAUGGAAACAAUCUUAAAGGAAAGCUCCCUGCAUCACUAGGAAACUUGACAUCUCUACAACAACUUGCAUUUUCACAUAACAAUCUCCAAGGACAGAUUCCGAGUGAUUUAGCUAAACUGACUCAAAUAUGGAGUCUUCAACUAGUAGCAAACAACUUCUCUGGUGUUUUUCCUCCUGCUAUCUACAAUAUGUCCUCACUUAAGCUUCUAGGUGUCGCUUAUAAUCAUUUCUCUGGUCUCUUGAGACCGGAUUUUGGUAUUCUGUUACCGAACCUUUUAUCGUUUAAUAUGGGAGGGAAUGAUCUCACAGGUUCCAUUCCGACAACACUUUCCAAUAUCUCCACUCUUGAAAGAUUGGGAAUGAAUGAGAACCAUCUCACAGGAAGUAUUCCUACCUUUGGAAAACUACCAAAUUUACAAAUGUUAUUUCUUCAUACCAAUUCUUUAGGAAGUGGUUCUUCUGGUGAUCUUGAAUUCCUCACUUCUUUGACAAACUGCACCAAGCUAGAGACCUUAGGCAUUGGUCGGAAUAGGCUUGGAGGUGAUUUGCCUAUUUCCAUCACCAAUCUAUCCGCAAAAAUCACCACUCUAGACCUUGGAGGAGCACUCAUUUCCGGAAGCAUUCCUCAUGACAUUGGGAAUCUCAUAAACCUACAGAAACUUAUAUUGGAUCAGAAUAUCUUGACUGGACCACUCCCAACCUCUCUUGGGAAGCUUAUAAACUUGAGGUAUUUAAGUCUGUUUUCAAAUAGAUUAUCAGGAGAGAUACCAGCUUUUAUAGGCGACCUCACUAUGUUAGAAACACUCGACUUGUCCAACAAUGGUUUUGAAGGUAUUGUUCCUCCAAGUCUAGGGAAAUGUAGUCACCUACUAGAAUUGUGGAUUGGGGAUAAUAAGCUGAAUGGGACUAUACCUCUGGAAAUUCUGAAAAUUCAGCAGCUUCUUCGCCUAGACAUGUCGGGAAAUUCCUUGACUGGCUCGCUGCCCGAAGAUAUUGGACAGCUACAAAAUCUUGGUACACUAUCACUUGAGAAUAAUAAAUUAUCGGGGAAACUUCCACAAGCUUUGGGAAAGUGUCUCACAAUGGAAAAUCUUUAUCUGCAAGGAAAUUCGUUUGAUGGAGAUAUUCCAGAUAUAAAAAGGUUGGUGGGUGUUAAAGAAGUUGAUUUUUCGAACAAUAAUCUCUCCGGAAGCAUACCCGGAUAUUUUGCAAACUUUUCCAAGCUCGAGUAUCUCAAUCUAUCUUUGAACAAUUUUGAGGGAAAGGUGCCAAUGAAAGGAAUAUUUCAGAAUACUACUACAGUUUCCAUAUUUGGAAACAAUGGUCUAUGUGGAGGCAUUAGGGGAUUUCAACUAAAGCCAUGCCACCCGCAAAUGGAAAAAAAGCAUUCCUCUCUUUUGAAGAAAGUUGUGAUCGGGGUCAGCGUAGGCAUAACUUUGCUUUUACUUUUGGUAUUGUUCAUAGUUUAUCUACGUUGCUUGAGAAAAAGAAAGAAGAACCAAGAGACCAAUAAUCCAACUCCUUCUACUUUGGAAGUCUUGCAUGAGAAGAUAAGUUAUGGAGAUCUCCGUAAUGCGACAAAUGGCUUCUCUUCGAGCAAUAUGAUCGGCUCAGGCAGUUUUGGUAUUGUAUUUAAGGCAUUUAUCCCGACGGAGAAAAAGGUUGUUGCGGUGAAAGUUCUGAACCUGCAGAGACGUGGAGCAAUGAAGAGCUUUAUGGCAGAAUGUGAAUCCUUGAAGGACAUAAGGCAUCGAAAUCUUGUGAAACUAUUGACAGCUUGUUCGAGUAUUGAUUUCCAAGAAAACGAAUUCAGAGCUCUCAUAUACGAGUUCAUGCCUAAUGGAAGCUUGGAUAAGUGGCUGCACCAGGAGGAAGUGGAAGAGAUUCAUAGGCCCUCAAGAACCUUGACAUUUCUUGAAAGGCUUAAAAUUGCCGUAGACGUGGCUUCUGCUUUGGACUAUCUUCAUGUUCAUUGUCAUGAGCCUAUAGCACAUUGUGAUCUUAAACCAAGCAACGUUCUUUUAGACGAUGAUCUAACCGCCCAUGUUAGUGACUUUGGUCUGGCUCGUCUUCUCCUCAAAUUCGACGAGGAGUCCUUCUUCAACCAACUAAGCUCGGCUGGCGUUAGAGGAACCAUCGGCUAUGCGGCACCAGAAUAUGGAAUGGGAGGACAACCAUCAAUAUACGGUGAUGUGUAUAGCUUUGGGGUUCUCAUUUUGGAAAUGUUCACCGGAAAAAGACCAACCAAUGAGUUAUUUGGGGGAAACUUUACCCUUAUCAGCUACACCAAGUCGGCGUUGCCGGAAAGAGUAUUGGACAUUGUAGACAAAUCAAUUCUUCACAGUGGUCUUAGAGUUGGUUUCCCUGUUGUUGAGUGCUUGACAUUGGUUUAUGAGGUGGGUCUUAGGUGUUGUGAAGAAUCUCCGACGAACCGGUUGGCAACGAGUGAAGUCGUGAAGGAGUUGAUCUUAAUCAGAGAGAGGUUCUUUAAAAGCCAGUAG